AUGCCCCCAAUUCCAAUUCCAGUCCUGCAGCUCCCCGAUGACGCUCUAAACCCCAACAUCAACACCAACUACACAUAUACCACCAAACGAACCGUCUCCAUUCCCUUCACCCCAACCUACAACACAAUCUCCAUCCCUGCCUCCUACGGCCGUCUAAACUCCUCCCCAUCCCCGGGCACAAUAGCCGGUAUCAUCCUCGGCAGCGUCUUCGGCUUCGUCUUUCUCCUCUACCUCCUAUACCUGGGGCUAAGCUCCGGGCGCCGAUUCGGCAGCGAGACGCAGACGGAGAUAUCGGAGUCGUCUGCGGGGGGGAUGCGGCGGAGACGGCGAGGCAGGGUUGUGGUUGAGGAGGAACGGGAACGGCCCACAGGACGGGGGGAUCGGGAUCAUAUUGUGGUGGAGGAGAGUGUGACGAGUCGGUCGGAGGGGGAUGUCAUCGAGGUGUUUGAGGAGAGUAGUAGUGUUGACCGGCCGCCGAGACGGGAGAGACGGGGAGGUUCUGGGAGGGGCUGGAGGAGGGGGGAUGUAGAGGGGAGUGAGUUGAGUUCGAGGGUGUAG